CAUCAUCAGUGGCGCACGCUGCAUUUGGGGUCAAUUUUGCUACUCGUUGUAAAUGUACAAUUCCCAUGGCAAAUGUAGCAGAAGACGUCAUAUUUAGUCGAGGAACGGGUCAUAGUGAUGAUUCUGAUAUUUGGGAUGACACAGCUUUGAUUAAAGCAUAUGAUAAAGCAGUCGUGUCGUUUAAGAAUGCAUUGAAAGGAGAGAAUGAUGUGCCACCAAACAAGAAAGAUAAACCUGGGAAGAAGCGGAAAAACAACAAAAAGAGUAAAAGCAGAAAGAGAUGCAACGCAGCACCUGAUAAGGAGUGGCAAGUUGGGGACUCCUGUUUUGCAUUCUGGUCUGAGGAUGGCAACUUGUAUGCUGCUUCCAUUUCCUCAAUCGACCACGAUAAGGGCACCGGUGUCAUCAUUUAUACAGACUACGGUAAUGAGGAGGAACAGAACCUCAGUGACCUUCUAACAGAGGGUUCGGACUUGGAUGAGGAAACUCAAACGCCAGCAGAUGUACAAAGAGUCAAAGAGGCAGAGUCAUCGACAGAAGAGAGUGAAAGAUCUUUUACCCCACACCAGUCUGGUCAUCAGAAGCACAAAUCUAAGGGCAGAUCUCCCAUGGGGCCUCCGUCUUGGGUUCCUGGUUUCCCUCCUGGACUUCCACCUGGACCUCACUUUCAUAAGUCGGAUGGCAGACGGUCAGAAGGUCCUGGACCUUUCUUCCCUGGAUGGCCUCCCAUGAUUCCACCUGGUCCCCCAAUGAUCCCACCACCUCCACCAAUGAGUCCAGACACCAUGGAGGAUGACGAGACCUUGGGCAGUAUGCUUAUUUCCUGGUACAUGAGUGGCUAUCACACUGGAUACUAUAUGGGUUUGUUCCUGGCAGGCAACAGAUGCUGUAACACUGCCCCCAACCUAAUCCUAACCAAAUGGAACCUGUAAGGCAGAGUAGAUUGCAAGGAACAAUGGAUGGCACCUUUCUCCCAUUGCAGACUCGACUGAAGUCGCAUUAUAAUAAACUUCAGACACAACCUGAAAUGACUUCAGAGUUUACAAAGAGGACUUGUGAAUAUUUCAAAAGCAGCUUGAGUCUUUUAACUAGUGGUCGAUUGAUAUAGGUUUUCUAAUGGCUGAUGGACCGUCAUGAUUUGUGAAUCAGGAACUUUUGAUCCUAAUCCUGAAGUUUUCAUUCUGGCUGAUAGAAUGCACACUUCAGAGCAAGAUAGAAGAUGAGCGCUCGACGGUAAGAAAAAAAACAUAUUUUUGUGAAGUUCGUGAAUUACAUCUGAUUAAGCGAGAUAUCUGCAUAUUUGCAGAUGGUAUAUAAUAGAAGUUUUAUUGAUAUUUGCCAUUUAUCAUUAGAGAAGUUGCAGCGAACCUUUGAGGAGAGGCUGAUGGCAGAAUAUGUGCUUUAGAGGUAAAUAAAUCCACACUCCAGGAUGCUGGAUCUGCUGAAGUUGUGUGAGGUCGGUUUAUUACAUCUGUUUAAAUGAGAUAUGCGCAUAUUUGCAGACAGUAUAUGAUAUUAGUUUUAUUGAUAUUUGCCUUUUUAUCAUUAGACAAGAAAGUUAAAUGUUACAGUGAACUGUUGAGGAGAGAGAGGGAGAAUGUAACUGCUCAUAACACAUUAUGAGCUCAAACUCGUCUGCUGCGGCUCUGAUAUGCAGACGGUUUAAAUGAGACUGUGUUGAACACUGAUCUAUUAUUGUAGUAACACAGUGGCAUAUAACAACAAAAAAACUGUGACUGGUCGUUUACAUGUCUCAGUCGCUUCACAUGCAAGCAGGUGAUUUUUGGCACCCUCAAGAAAAAUAUCGAAAAUGUAACGGCCAAUGUCUGAAUAUUGGCCUCUGCGAUAUGUCAGUUGACCACUACUGUUGAUAUCAUAAAGGAAGAAUUUUUGUUUGAUUUUCUUUUAAUGGUUUUAUUACAUCUGCAUCACAUAUUUCCCAGUAUCGAAUAUAAGUCCCAUGAAACAUGGCGACACCAGCCGUGCCUUAUGUACUGACAUUUGGUUAUAUUAACGUAGAGUCCUCAGAAGCAGGAACUUCAAGAAGAUCGGCUAGAUGCAAAGAAUGUGGGGAAACAAUUAAAGAUACCGGAACGACGACAUCAGUUUUAUUAGGGAUUUAAGAAAACAUUCACAAAAUAAGAAAGACUCGAAUAUAUUUAAUAAACAGACAAAAUACUCUAGACUUGACUCUGACACCAGCUUGAAGACUUCAGAUACAAGACAUGUGAACAUCUCUGAUUCUCUCUACCCACAGUUUUUUUUACACCUGGUUAUUUUCAUCAAAUUCUUUCAAAAUCUCUUUUCUUCUAUGCAGGGUUUGAAACAAGGUCGUAAAGAGGCUGCAGCAUCUAAGAAGUCCGAUCGUAAAUAAAGACAUAGUGGUUUGUUUUUUCAUUAUUUCACAGAUCAUUGCUGAAAUUCAAGGAAAAGCUUUUACCAUUUAAUAGUUACAUUAAAUUAUUCACAGUCAAAUUAAUUUCUAGUUUGAGUGGUCACAUUAUAGUGUCAGUGUUACUGUGUAUUUACAUCGGUGAGAACAAAUUAAUAUGGAUUAAGUGCAUGUACUUACUGUUUGGUGCAAUUCCAUAUAAAGUAAAUUCACAUUGUUAUAGUUAUUAGAAAAAUAAUUUGAGUAAAACUGACAGAGUUUUUGGAAAAUGUAUAUCCUUUACGCCAGGUUUACACAUGCUCCGUGAGCGAGGCAGUCGUGUUGAAUGUUCACAUUGGCCACAUCUUUCCGGGAGAAACAGCAGCACCUCUGCACAGAAAUUUAUGGGGUCCUUCGGCAAAUUUUUUCUUUAAUAAGGUGAAGUUAUUGCUCUUCAAGGACAACAGCGACAUCUUUAUCAGCACACUUGGUUGUGAUUUGUUACUGUCUUGUCUAUACUGUUCACCUAUAUACACAGAAUGGCAAAAGGUCAAGCAGUUUAUUAAUUCUUUCCUUUAAGUUAUUUUAUUGAGUUACUUGCAUGCAGACAAAUAAAUUGUAGUGAACUACAGGUUCGGUUUGAAUAAUUUUGAUUUGCUUAUUGUCUUUUCUAUAAUCUCCUGAUUAUUUUAGUGUUGUACUGCACCAAGGGCUGCUGAGCUCAGCGUAAGCCAUGUGUCAAAAAUAGGCUCAACGGCGAAACUAUCAGCUCACUGCCAUGCUAAGACCUAUCGACUUGAGACUCACGCUUGCAGUGAUAAUGGUGUAAUGUGUUAAUAUGGGUGCCGAAACGAGAAUGUGCCGCUCACGGGGAUAUGCAAACCCGGCGUUAUGGUAUGUUUAUGUCACCUAAGUGUCCUAUGAGAUAUCUUUUGUAUUUUACUGAUUUGAAAUUUGAUGAAGUACUGCAUUCUUUUCAUUAUAGGGUGGAAUAUGCACGUGAUGGUGCAGCAGAAUUGAUUAAAAAUGUUUAUUUUUUUAUUCUUUGUAAAUAAAUAAAUAAAAUAAAAGGCAUU